UUCAUAAAUUAACAUUAAGUAGGUACGUGUUAAGGUGUUGGUGAAAGGUGCAUUUACUUACUUCACGGGCAGUUUUGACUUAAUGACGUGCUUUACAUGACUUUGAAUAAGCUGUAUUUAUGGUGCCAGGCAGGCCCCACGCGUGUAAUCCACACAGGCUACAGCAACAACACACUGGACCAGGUCGCACGACUUGCACCAUGGGGGCUGGGGAGAUUAGUUAAUUGAUCAAAGCACAUGAGGCAUUCCAUGGCUGUUUAGAAUGCAGGAUUUUGUGGAUUUCAGUUAAGACACUUGGAAAAUGUUGUUUUCCACUGACUAGGUGAACAACACGAACAAAAAGGUUUUGUUUCAGUGAGCUCCUUGGGAAAAUGGCCAGUAGUCUGAAUCACCAAGUAAAGGCAUGUAAAAUACUGUAAGGUUGGGGUGAAGAUGACAUGAGCUGUGGAGGAUUGCCCUCGUCACCCCAAACAUGGCCCACAGCACAUAUUACUACGCCAAUGCCUCAGGUAACCCCGAGUCCACUGUUGGCAGUAAGCACAGUAGCGUUGCAUAUUCUCUGGACACCCCAUAUGGUCACCAGAUUGACCUUGACUUUCUGCAGUACGUGGACAGUAUUGAAAACGCUGACAAUAUUCGGCGUCUCAGCCUUCAGAGGUGCCUGCGGGCAGCCAAUCACCACGUGCUAGAACCUCAGGGCGGGCUGUCCAAUCACGCGCCGGAACCUCAGGGCAGACUAGCAGGCCCCACCCAGUGGACCUCCUCAGAGUCUCUCUCCUCCGUCAGCAGCAGCGAUGAAGUCCGCCGAGCCUCAUUCUCCUCCUCGUCCUCGUCUUCGUCCUCUAUGAGCCACAGGAGGCCCCCGCUGCCCCCUUCCCACUCCUCCCCCUCCCUCGCCCCGGGGGGCAGGGAUGUCAACGAGGCCUCUCAGACGCCGCCUGUGGUCGCCCCAGUCGCCUCUCAGAGGACUCUGGAGGGUAAGCCGCCUCCGGCCAACCGCUCCCCUGCCCUCCCGAGAUCCAACCCCCAUGUGGAGCGCACCUUGCUGGAGACGCGAAGGCGCCUGGAGCAGGAGAAGGCGGCCCUGCUGGCCUCAUCAUCCACAUCCAUCGCCACCGCCGCCGCCACCGCUCCAGAGCCCCAUCCUAGGCGUAGGCUCGCCAGCUUCGGAGGCGUCGGAUCCAGUGGUUCCUUGUCACCCUACACCAGCUGGAAGGCUCUCAACCAGAGCCUGCAAACUGGCAGUGCCAAGCUCAGCAUCGCUGAGCAACCUGGGCCUAUGGCCUCCAUGGGGGUGACAGGUGUUGGUGGUGGGGGGUCGCUGAGGCACAGUCCACUGAGCUCGGGCAUGGCCACCCCGGUCACGGGCACGAGCUCCGUCCACCUGCAGAUGGUGCGCGAUCAGAUGAUGGUGGCCCUGCAGAGGCUGAAGGACCUGGAGGAGCAGGUGAAGGCCAUACCUGUGUUGCAGGUGAAGAUCUCCGUCCUGCAGGAGGAGAAGAGGCAGCUGGUCUCCCAGGUCAGGCGGCUGAAGGGCGAGGAGGACACCGACGACGGCGCGGCGUCCUCCUCGUCAUCAGCGUUUCGGAAGAGGGCUCACAGCACGGGUUCGGCCGAGCAGCUGGAGACGCAGCGCACUCGCCUCAGGAAGGAGCCGGAGGGGGAGACCACCACCACCACCACCCCCACCAGCAGCAGCAGCAGCAGCAGAGACGACGCGGACGUCCUGAAGACCAUUGCCACCACGGGCCUGCUGGAGUUCAGGCAACUGGCGGCCGAGAUGCAGGCCCUGGAGAAGAAAAUCAAAGACGCGCGGCUAGAGAGUCGACAAGGGUCGAGCGCCAACAACAAGUCGUCGUCUCACACCAGGAGCCACCGGUCGGUUGCGGUUGGAGACGACCUGCCCUUGAAGGACAUAACGAGCCAGUUCGACCGUCAGAGCUCUGCAAGAUCCACCAUAGACGCGGCCACGGAGGCGGAACUGGAGACUAGGUCCACGGUAACGGGGGUCUCCGAGUCCAUGCUCGGAGCAUCAUCAGCAGCAUCAUCACCAGAGGAGCUAGUAUCCCAGCAACGCACCAUCCACAUGCUCAAGGACCAAGUGAGGCGCUUGGAAGCAGAGCUGAAGGACGCUGCUUUACAGAAGGAGAUUGGUCUGCUGAGGAGCGAGCUGCGCAACGCAGGUCGCUCCACGGACAAGAGCUCCACGGCCCGGCCCACGACACACAGCGCGUCUUCCCAGGCCGGGGCUCAGACGCGCACCGUGGGGGUCGGGGUCCAGCCGAGCUCCAGGGAUGCCUCCACAGAAGACGCGGGGCGAAGGGAAGGUUGGCAGGGGGUUGACGUGGGGGUGUCUUGCACUCCACAGGUGCGUAGCGUGGCCGCAGGUCACAACGCCCCUAUGGAUCGCUGGGUCGUACAGGAGAAGGUGGAGAUGUGCGAGAAAGGUGUAGGGGACUAUGUUUCCACGCUCUGCAGUCAGGGUGUGGGUACGGAAGUUAGUGUGUGUGAGGCAGGGGUGCUUACGGAUGAGACAAUGGUGACCCUAAGCCGGUUGGUACAGAAAGCAGAGCAGCGGACAAUCGGAUGUGGGGACUGCACGGUGGAUGUGACCGUGACCCCACUGAAGGCCCUCGUGUCUCGCGGCACUCUCACCGAGCCGGUGCGAGGAGUGGACCUGGGGAUCAUGGUGACUCCGGCCACAAUGUCCCAGCGUACCAGCACCCCCACGGUGGACACCACGUCGCGCUCCACCAGCACCACGAUGGCUUACUUCACAGAGUCCAGCACCAACACGUCUCUGAACGCCACCAAGGAGAAGCACACCAACACCGUGACCAACCUCACCCGGUCCAUUGCCAUAGGGGAGGGUAGAGUCAGAGAUAUGGAAGCCACAGUGAAGACGCGCUCGGUUAGCGUCGGAACGGCAGCAACAGCAGCGUCGUCGGGUGUCGACGCGAUCCACCUUCUUCACAGUUCCGCCGCUGCCAAGGUCACCACACGAGACACGGGGGUGGGGCUCGCCAACGUCCACGAGAACUUCCUGGUGGGACUGAGAACCAGGAACAUCGCGUGCGGCCCGUCCCGCCUUCCGGACCCCGUCACGACCAGGAGCAUCGGGGUCAGCGUGGGCGAUGGUAGGCUCCGGGAUGCGUCUGGACGUUGGCAGACGCUGGUGUUCGCCCAGACCACCCAGACCUCCCCCGUAAAGCCACCCUCACCCGUCACGCUGGUGCUGGAGCCGGGCCUGGAUCAUUACAUCGAGCGCAUGCAGAAGCUGCUGAAGGAUCAGCAGAGCCUGCUGACGGAGAGCCACAGCGACCUGGGAGAGGUGGUGGGGCAGCAGCAGCAGCAGCAUCCGCAGUGGCAGUUCACCUCCAUUAACACCCAACUGGCCAGCACCGUCUCCUGCCUGGACUCUGUGGUGCGACAGGUGGGCGCAGACGAACCACAGUCACCGCGCAAAGGUUCAGGUACCAGUCCAUCUUGUGAAACUGCAGAGAAGUCUCCAGGCAAAAAGAAGAGUGCUCUGGGAGAAAAGAAAUCCUCUGACCUUCUUGGACCGCCUGCUGAGGUCUCUGUCCUGAAGCCCAUCAUCAAGAGGAAAGAUGGCCGCCACAGUGGUGAUGAAGGCAGAAGGAAGACAAAGUCCAAGUCUGCAGGGGUGGGGAGUAUGGCUCUUAGUGAAGACUCCUACUCUGAGGGCUCAGACUCCGAUGGGGCGGCAGUGGAGGCCCCUGCCAUGGCUGAGAAGAGGAGUAGUGGAGGCAGACCAGCAGCUGAGGACAGGAGAAGCCAAGGGAAACCAGACAGGUAUGAACUUAGUGAGAAGACUUUGUCGGCAUGCCACACACUGAAGGCUCAUUUGUGUGAUGGUCAAACCUUAUCCAGCAGAGAGUUGCGGUCGUGCCUGAACGCGCUACACCAGGAGUGGUUUCGUGUGUCGAGCCAGAAGGCGGCGCGGGCGGAGGCGGUGUGGGACUUCCUGUGUGCGGCGCGGCGCGUUUCUCCCAUGGUGCAGCAGCACCUGGCCAACAUGGCCGACGGCAAUGGCAACACUGCACUGCACUACAGCGUCUCGCACUCCAACUUCACCGUGGUGAAGCGCCUCCUGGAGGCUGACGUGUGCAACGUGGACCAGCAGAACAAGGCGGGCUACACGCCCAUCAUGCUGGCGGCGCUGGCUGCCGUGGAGACCAAAGAGGACAUGGGCAUCGUGGAGCAGCUCUUCAGCAAGGGGGACGUCAACGCCAAGGCUAGCCAGGCGGGUCAGACGGCUCUGAUGCUGGCGGUGAGCCACGGCCGCAUGGACAUGGUCCGAGCCCUGCUCAACUCGGGGUCAGAGGUCAACGGGCAGGACGACGAGGGUUCCACGGCGCUCAUGUGCGCUAGCGAGCACGGUCACGCGGACAUCGUCAAGCUGCUGCUGGCCCAGCCGGGCUGCGACGCCACACUGAGUGACAAUGAUGAGAGCACCGCCCUGUCCAUUGCUCUGGAGGCUGGACAUAAGGAUAUAGCCAUGCUGCUUUACGCCCAUGUCAACUUCUCCAAGCUUCAAACGCCGGGCACGCCACGUCUUGGGAACAAACCUGCUCCUCAGAUCCCGUAGGGUGACUGAAUGCUGACGGCCUGGUUUGAACACCCCUGAUCUCUACACAUAUUUGCUGCUACGUGUAUUCUAUGGCAUGACCAAUGAACUGCAAGUAUUUUAAACCCUGGUUUAAGGGCAGUAAUCUUGGGACUUUUGGCUGUGGAAAUCCCCAAUUUUGCUAAAAUCGAAGUUGAUUUUCUUGACAUCGUAAACAUACAGUAUUGUAUGUCAUUAUCAUAAAAUCACAGUAUUUAUAACAUUUUUAACACUUGUAUUGUGUAUGUAUGUCAUGAAUGGCUGAGGAAGGGAUAUUAUUUCCUGACACCAAAUGACAUCCUUUCAUAACUGUACAGCAGCCACCUGGUAGAGGCCAUAUUUUCUUGACAAAUUCACCACACUGCCUACAGCCGUCAUGUGUCUGAUGCCGCCCAAUCCGGAGGGAAGUUUGUUUAUACAGUAUCUGUCUUCUCCUCAGAGGAGGUUCAAAAGCAACAGUUUUUAAGUGUGUUUGUUUGCGCUUGCUAAAUACAUAUACAUGAUAUGUCCUUUUCUUACUAUUUUGUAUCAUCAAUGCGCAGGUAUCCAGCCGUAUGCAAUAAUUAAUACAUUCAGGAAUAAUUCAAAUGUAUAUUUCACAUUGUCAAACGUUACAUCCUGAAACCAUCUACUAUAACAUUACUUUGAACUAUUUUCCAUAAAAAGUUAUUCUUCUGAAGUAAUUAUAAAGUAAUAAAGAUUUCAAUGUACCUCA